AACAUCCACGGGCAACCACAUCAUCAGUGUCCAGGACGAUGGUCAUAUGAGCUCCAGCUACGGAAUCUGCGAUCAGUCUAUGGAAACGGAGCGCCAGUGAGAAAGAGGAUUCUCGGAUAGCCAGACAGGGAACUCUCUGUCUGUACUAAAAAAGAAAUAAAUAACUAAUCAAUAACAAAUCAAUUGAUUGAUCAAGAUGAGUGUGAUUAUUCGGUUACAAAAUCUGCCGUGGACGGCAAAUGCGCGCGACAUUCGAAACUUCUUCUCGGGCCUCUCGAUUCCCGAGGGCGGUGUCCACAUUAUCGGCGGCGAGAUGGGCGACGCUUUCAUCGCUUUCAGCACCGAUGAGGAUGCCCGCUGCGCAAUGUUGAAGGAUCGCGAGAAGCUGAUGGAGAUCCAGGUGCGCCUGCUGCUCUCCUCGCGGGCCGAGAUGCAGAAGGUGAUCGAGACGGCACGCAAAGGAGCCUCCGCUCCGGCGCCCAUUUCGGUGCCAGUUCCCAUGCCAGUGGUGGCCAAGCCAAGUCCAGCUGCUCCCAUGCCGCCGAUUAUUGGGGGUUUGAACAGCUUCCUGGGACAAAGUAAGGUAGCAGCAGGAGGAGGAGGUGGUGUGCCCUCCUUCCUGGCCUACCAGCAGCAGGCGGGGAUCACGCUCUCCGAGGUGACAGGAGGAAAAGGUCGUCGCAGUCGCAGCCGCUCCUCCAGUUCCGAUGAUAGCGAUAGGGAGAGGGAGCGUGAACGUGAGAGGGAACGGGAACGAAAUCGCAAACGUCGCUCGGAUCGUUUGGAUAGCAGCCAGGAGAGGGAGCUCAAGAUGGCCACUCCAUCGCCAUGGGCUCAACCUUUGGGUUUGAGCCUCCAGAUGCCAGCGGUUGUGCCCUCGCUGCAGAGCUACUCCACCAGCAGCACCGUGAACAACGUGACCAACAACUAUAAUCUGGCACCAAGUGCUCAGGCUCCGAAUCCCAGUGCCCAGCUCCUAGCUGCUCUACAGCAAGUGGCCAGCGGUGGAUCACCAGCUCAAGCGCAGCCUGCCAAACCAGAAGGCGAACCGAUAGCCUUUGCCAGCGUGAAUCCCUAUGCACAGAUGUAUCCGCAGCUCUUUCAGCAGCAGCAGCUGCUCCUCCAGCAGCAACAGGCGCCCGCGAAGGUGUCACCCUCCAUUGGUGGCUCUCCAGGAGGAGGAGGAAAUACCCCGCAGGUCAUUGCAGACACCUGCUACAUUCGCAUCAGUGGCAUGUGCCAAAGUACCUCGUACAGCGACAUACGCAAGUAUUUCCAGGGAUUGUAUAUCCCGCACAAUGGCAUCAAAAUCAUGAUGGCGAAUGGCAAUCGCACUGGCGUGGCCUACGUGGAGUUCUCCCGGGUGUCCAGUGCCCAGAAGGCAGUGCAGCGGAAUAAUACCAUGUUUCGCGAUCGCCUGAUUCAGAUAGCUCCCGUGGGCGAUGAGGAAUUCGAGCAGGCGGAGGAACGGGCCAAUCGCCAGCAGAAUGAGGGCAAUAACAGGAGUCACAACGGUGGAGAGAGGAGUGAUCGUAGCAGUGCCAUGCCCAUGCCCAUACCCCUCACCAAUGUCCUGUUUAUCGAGGAUCUGCCGCAACUCACCACCGAGCAGGAGAUCAUGAAGAUGUUCUCCGCCAGCUACACCGUGGUGGACAUUCUCCUGUCUCCCAGUCCCAACAAUCGUCGCGAGUGCGUGGCCUUUGUCCUGUUUGCUCGCGAGGCUGAGGCUGAGGCCGCCCUGCAGGAUACUAGCAAGCACUACAUAGGCUUCCGUCAGCUGCGGGUGAGGCCCAGCAGUCAGGCGGAGAUGGCGAAUGCCAAGGAGAAGCAGCGCAGGGCCAAUGAGCAGUUGCUCAAGGAGGAGGCUGAUCAGCGGGAUGAGCUGUUGAAGGAUCAGCAGAGAAGACAGAAGAUGCAGCAGGAGCAGGAGAACCAGCAGCAGCAGCAGGCCAGCAGAUUCGCCGCUGAUCCCAGAAGACGCCAGGCGGAAGAGCAACAGCAGCAGCAGCUCCAUCAACAACAGCAGAUGAAUAUGGCUCCCAACUUUAAUCCCAAUAUGAUACCUCCCUUUGUUAAUAACGGCAACAUGCAAAUGCCCUUUAAUAUGCCACCUCAGCAGCAAAACGGAGGCAACAACAGCUACCCCUUCAACAUGAAUAACAAUAUGAAUAAUAAUGGGAUUCCCAAUGGCAAUGGACCCAAUUUUCCCAAUGAUAAUCAAGGCAACAUUCAGCGUCCUCGCCAGGAGGACGUCUUUGUACGUGUCCACAACUGCGAAUAUGCCACCAGGGUCAAUGAUCUGGGUGAACUCUUCUCCAUGGAAAACCUGCGCAUCGAGCAUAUCGAACAGCUUUUCAACGAACGUAACCAGAGUUCCGGCGAGUUUAUUGUGGAGUUUUGCGAUCCCGCCAGUUGCAAGCAGGCCAUCCGAGAGUUUCACAAUCGACGCUUUCGGGGAAGGGGAUUGCGAGUGGUGGCCAUCACACCGCAGGAGAUUGCGGAUAGAAUGAAUAAACCCUUUAUGGAUUAUCUCCCCGGAGGCAAUGGACCCAGGGGAAAGGUAGAAAGCAGCAAUGUGAGUGAGCCGUCGAGUGGCAAUGGAGGUCAGGCGGCUCCCCCUUCACGUCGUCGCGGACCCAGUCGCUUCGAUCAGCCGCAGGAUCAGCAGUUACCAGAGAAGGUGGAGCGACAGCAGUCGCUGGAGAAGGACGAGAACAGCAAUGGCAGCUCGAAUGCCCCGGUGAAACAGCACUUCAAUCCCUUCGCUCGACCGGAUCCUCCGCUGAGCAGCAGCUCCCUGUCGCCCCGAAUCGAAAGUCAAGGCAAACAGGCCUCACCGGUGCCCGUGGCCACCUCCCAGAUCCCCGACAAGUUCAAUCGUCCCGGCUGCGUGGUGGCCAUGCGAAAUGUUCCCUUCAAGGCGGAACUAAAGGAUAUCCUGCGCUUCUUCGGCGACUACAAGCUGAGUCCAGAUGACAUCAUCAGGCGCUUCAAUGAUGAGGGAAAACCCACAGGGGAUACUCGGGUGGCCUUCGAGAAUCCUUCGGAGGCACGUUCCGCUUUUGAAUCGCGCCGAAGGAAGCAGAUAUUCAAUCGCACCGUUUACCUGGAUAUUAUUUAGGCCAUCGACUGUUUGACCAUCGCUAGUGUACAUUGUAAAUAAGUAAUAUUAAGACUAACACCAAACAUAUUAA